ACUUGUCCAGGACAACAUGAAAUCUGAGCCGAGUGAAGACCCUGACACGGAGGACAAUAAGGAUGAGUCUGAGGAGAACAAUCAGAUAUCUUACCAGGAAAUGUAUGAGCUGGCUCAGAGGAAGUUACUGCGACAGGUUUCCAACCAUGCCAGUACACAUGACAUUGGAAACUACCCUCGACUGUUUGUGGUAGACAUUGAAGAAAAAUCUUCAGAUAUGGGUAAAACUGUUGAGUACCAGGUUCACACCCUUUGUGAAUGUGAUCAGGGCUGGCAUAGUGUUGCUGAUCCUAUUGUGUUAAGCACUGAGAAGAGAAAUCCAGACAUAGUUGAGGAAGAUUUGGAUAUGAAUGACCUGGAGGAUUUCACUCCCUACCUGUCCCGGGUUGCUAUGGUGAUGGAGCACAAUUCAGGUUUUGUCCUUGACCUUUUCACCAGUGCAGAAGGCAAACGCUGUCUCAAGAGGAUACAGGAGCUGGCCAUGAUUUGCUCAGACAGUUUCCAGACCUCUUACCACAGUCUGCGAGUGAAGGUUCAUAAGUUGGACACAAGCAGACAGAAGGGCAAACUCAUUAGGUGCCGUCUGCCCAGUGGUAAGAUAAUUUGGCUGUGUGAGGAACACUCAGUCCAGAUGAAGGUCGCCGUUCUAAGUGAGGAGGGUCCGGAAGGCAAGCAUAUGGUCGCCAACCAGCCCUGGCUGGACGCAAUGUUAGAAGUUUUGAGGACUAGGGCCACAAGAAAUCAUCCAUUUGAAUUCAAAAAUAACAGGAAAGCCAAAAGGAAACUUACAGAUAUUAUUGCUGGAGUUGACGAUGUCGUGAAAAAUCAAAGAAGAUCAGUACUGCGCAAACACUCCUCACUGAACAAGACAGCCCAACAACAAGCUUUGUUAGAACUAAGCUCCCAGGAUACAACAGUAAAAGAGGAAACAGCUGACUCUAAAACUGACAAGAAAAAGGAAGAGCACAAGCAAAAGAAGCAAAAAGAUUUUCAAGAACAGGAAAAAAUGUGUGUAGAGUCUCCGUCUAAAUGUUCUGAGGCGGGGAACAAAGGGGAUACAAAGGAAGCUAUGUUAGAAUUAAACUCCCAGGAUGCAGCAGUCAAAGAGGAAACUACUGACCCUAAGACAAAGAAGAAAAAGAAAGAGAAAAAGAAGAAAAAAAGUAAAGAUUUUCAAGAACAGGAAAAUACAAGUGUAGAGUCUCCAACUAGAUAUUCUGAAGGUGGAAAAAACAAUAAAGAAGACACCGAAGAAGCUAAGAUGACAACAAAGGAGGAUGGGAAACAACUUGCAAGAUCGGUAAGCCCAAAUCCUACACCAGUAGCAAGCAGUAGAACAGCCUCUCCCAAUACACAGCCUGACCUUGAGGCUAGGAGAUCUACCCCUUCACCAAAGCCCAGGGAAGGGAAGAAGGCAGAGAAAGACCUUGGACAGGGUUCCGAUCAACAACCUGUACAAGCCAAGAGCACAGCCUGCGUGGUGUUGUGAAGCACUGCUAUCUGUUUGAUAGAUCAGGUAUAAGGGGUUACUUUUGUUUGUCCAAUCCCUAUAGAGUGUCAAACAGUAUUGAUUUGCAGAUUAAACCAGUUUUGCUACCUCUUUCCCGCCAUGAAUGCUUUGCAAUUCCAGGUGGAAUCAUGAUAAUAUUUGUGUGAUAUUUAUAUCUUUUUACGUAGAAAUAUACACAAGGGAGUAUACGUAGUUUACACUGAUUUGAAUGCUGGUCUUUUUUCUUGCAUAAUUUUAUUUAAACAAUGUCUCAGUGUGAUUGUUUCUAAUGUAUUCAGCUAAUGUAAACAUUUUAUUAGAAGUUUGUUUUGUCAAUACUAGAAAGUACUGUACUGUUCAGAUUCUUCAAAACUUGACCAUAUCUAUCCUGAUGAUGACUUUUUCAAUUGGCAAGGUCAUAUUAUGUAUUAGGAAAUGAUGGGACUUCAGGAAGGCUAUAUCUUAGAAUUUUUUUAAAAGAAUUAUCUUGAAUGUCAUACUUGUGGCAGCUUCAGGACAUUUAAGACAAUUUCUGAAAAUAUUACGAUAAGUGGAUUUUUGUAUUCAUUGAUAUGCAAUAGUUUGGUCAUUGUAAUGACUCCAACAAUAUAUUUAGGUUGUACUUGUACUUCACUGGUUGGACUUUGUUCAACAUUGUGGUACUCUGACUAACCUUCUGUAAAACAUUUCUGCCUCACAAGCUACAUAUUUUCAUGUUAAAUGCAAGUACAAGUCAGAAAUUGAAAUAGGUUGUGAACAUUUAUUCAUAUACAUUUUAACUGGGAAUUUAUUAUUUAUUGUUGAAUUUGCAAAUGCUUCACAUAUGAGACAUUUAAGUUGCAAUCAAGAAAAGUAGGUCAUUUACAAUAAUGAAACAGGUUAAAGUUUACAGAGCUCAGGGUUAAAGGUCAUAAGGUCAAAGUUUACAAGGUUAAAUACUACAGGGUUCAGGUUUGAAGUUUGCAAGAUUAAAAGUUAUAGAGCUUAGGGUUAAAGGUUAAGAGUUUAGUGUUACAAAGUUAAGGUUACAGGGCUUAAAGUUAAUAGAUUUAAUGUUUUAACGUAGGUUAUGACCAAUCUAUGGAGAAAAAAACACAUUGCUUUCUAUUUUAUUUUUUGUGAUUUGAUGGCAUAUUUUCUCGUUGCACGAUUUACAGUUCAUUACUUUAUUUUAUGUAUAUUUUUUACAAACACUUAAUGAUGUUUUCAAUUGAUAUUCCACUGUCAAUACUGUUUUCAGUAUAUAUCAGGAUAAAUUAAGUAUUUUUAUGUAUCAUUGCCAUUAUGACAUGCCUUGAACUUAUAUCGCAACAAAUGUUCUUAAAAACCAGAAUUGUUAUGUUACCAAACCUUGGUAAGACAACUUAAAAUGUCAGAUGUUUCACUGAGCUAAUUCAAACUUGCUGAUAUACAUCAAUAAUAGAGGAUAUUUUUUUUUAUUUUUUUUGAUGAAUAAGUUAUAUUUAACGAGUGGUUUGAAUAUUUUGAUAUUUUUAUGAGUUUGUAGCACAAGUGAAAAACAUUGGAAAUAUUCAACCAGCAAGUAAAAUAUAAGUGUUAUUCAUCAAGAAAUGAAGAAUAUCCUCUAUAUCAAAUGUAAGUGAAGAUAUAUGAAUUUCCUCUUGUUACAGGGUAGGUGUAAGAUCCCUUAUCUCAAAAUUUACUCAAGAUGUUGGGCAUUCUCAGUCUCUAUUAGGUUGUGUCUCUAUCCCACGAUGAGUGUCUUAAUCAACAACAAAGUGAAUGUAUUCAUUUGACAUUGAUGUCAUCAGUUGUGAUAAUGUACAGCUUUCACGUUAAAUGUGUCCCAGCAAUACUUAUGUGGGGGGAAACUGUAUUGACCUUACAGCGAAAAUGUUACCGAUGCAAUGAUAACCCACACAGUACUCAAAUAUUAAUUCUAGCAUCACUUACUAGAAGUAGAACUAAGUAUUUGUAAUAAACAAUACAUGUUCUGGUUCCUGAUAUGUUUAUCUGUGAUCCUUAUAAUAUAGGAAUUCAUAUGAUAAAAUAAAACAAUAAAAAUAAUUUCUAACUUUGCCCAUGUCUACCUUUUACUUUUAUUUUUGUUUUGUAAUAACCAUUUACACAAUUUUACUGUCAUACAGAUUUAUACCUUGAUACUUGGAAAAAGUUUAUGACUGUGCAAUAUGUUGAUUUUUUUAAGAUUUCUCAGUGUUUUCUAUCAGAAUAAUAUCAGAAAAAUACAUUAUACAUCUGUAUUAUCUAUCUGUUAUCUGAAUUGUACUGGUUAUAAUAUAAUGUGGCAACUGUUGAUCAGGGAUUAUACAUAUACAUUGUGUUGGUGCAUGAAAGUUUGAUAAUUGUCGUCCCAAUCAAGCUUCUCUCUAAUUGAAGCUAGAGAAAUGUUGUUGUCACCUAGCACUCUGUAAGAUUUGCCUCUUCAGACUUUGAUUUCAUUUAUAUUGCCAUGUUAAUGUAAAUUUGAUAACAAACAAUCAGAAUCUCAGGAGGAUUGUUCUAUUGAUUAAAUAUACACGUACAUUUUUACAGGCCAUUUCUCAUGAGUGUAAUUAUUUCUAUACAUGGACGGUCCUGAAUUUGCAAUCAUGUAUUAUAUGUUUGAAGCUCAAUGCAAAGUACUUUCAGAACUGUCUACCUGUGAUAUACCUUGUGUUACGUUAAAGUUUUAGUCUGAUAUAUUUAUUUAUGUAUUGAACUCUAUUCAUAUAUAUUAUUGAUAUACAUGUUUAUUUAUCUAAUAUGAAUAAGUUCGUAACAAACAUAUCUGACUAUAGAUUGUAUAUCCAACAUUUGUAUGUAUUAACAUAUCUGCUUAUCUUGUCAAUAUUUGCAAAUAUAUUUAUUUUUAAAUUGUUAAAUAAUCCUGUUUUAUGCAAUAAGCACAUUUGUAUACAUUUUUGUUUCCAGAAAGACAUUUAAUUGUAGUUUGUGAGCAAUUACAUGAUUGAUUUACGAGCAAUGUUAAUGUUACCUGGAAUACAAUAGAAAAACAAAGUAAAAUCUGCUGUUAAAAUAUUCCAUAAAUAAUAUGAUGCCAUCUAGUUUGUUUUGUAAUCAAUGGUCUUUUACUAAAAGAAGAUAUUUCACUUGGAAAAGAAAUUUGUUUCACUAAAUUUAGAUUUUUGUGCCAUCUAGUUUUCUUUGUAAUCCAUGGUUAAUUUUUUAAAGAUGAUAUAUUACUCUGAAAAUAUUUAUUUUGCUGAAAAAUGUAUUGUGGUGCCAUAGAAGUGUGCUUUUUUACCUGCUAGAGAGAUGCAAAAUUAUGUAAAUAAAACAUUUACCUUCAUUUACCAGAUGAUGAUGUGCUAACCAGAAGGUAUUUCAAAUAACCACACACUGAUAGAACAGUGUCUACACAGAGGUAAACAGGUAAAAUGUGUUACCAUUCAAGAAAACAAUUAGGCUAGUUACCAGUCCAGAAAUAUGGAAUAUCAUAGAAUGAUUUUUUUUAUCUUUAUGAAAAUACUUUUAAUUUUCAGGUUACUAGUUAGCCUUUAUCGUGUGAUAUACAUGGGUGUGAUGAAAAGUAAAACUCAAAUAAUAAAAAUGUCCAUAUCAUCUUAUAACUGCUUUUUAUGCAGCUUGUUUUUUUCUUUUGAAUUUUAUAUAUAUAUUGCAUAAUAGUCAGAUAUUUCCUUCACAAUGAUCUCAAGCUUGUAGUACCAUAGUCCUCUUCAAUGUUUUUGUUAUAUUAUAAUAUCACAUUAUAUUACUAAGUUUUACGUUUUCACAUUGCCUUAACUUUACCAUCACAUGUAAACAUUUGUUUACAAUUGACACAUUUAUAUAUAUAUAAGGAACUUUUAUGACUUGACAUUUUCUGGGACGAUUUUUCAAUAACGGAUACAAAGUCAUCUCUAGGUAUUUUGAUGUAAUUCCAUUAAAAUGUUUAAAACACAAAUGUCUUAAUUCAUGGGAUGAAAGCUCUUUUUUACAGACAUUGUGACGUUUUACUGGAUUUUGUAAGUCUUUGAGUAACAUGCACUUAGCCAGAUUUAUUUUGAUGUAACGGCCAGAAGUACGGUCAUUUUACAGGUACCCAGUGCGUAAGACCGUCGCCAUAUUUGUCCUUUUAUUGAGCGCGCACCUGCAUUGACUGCUUACUGUAUUUAUUAAAGAAUUUAUUUUAUUUUCUCCUCUCAUGAAUUUUUUAAUUGUUGAUAUAUUUUAAUGUUCUUUUUUAUUUUUGGAAUGCACAAAAGCAUGUGGUAUAUUUUUUACAAGCUUGAGAGUUAGCAGUUUUUGUCAAUGGUCCAGGCAUCUCUAAUAAUAUUAAUGUAUGUACAAAUGUAU